ACGGAGUUGAUUGGGCCGGAAAUACGCGCUUAUUUAACGCCAACAAAGAAGAAAAAGUAACCUGCAACAUGGCGACUCCCAUGCAUAGAUUAAUAGCCAGGAGGCAAGCGGAGGCAAACAAACAACAUGUGCGCUGCCAGAAGUGUUUGGAGAUGGGACACUGGACCUACGAAUGCACCGGGAAGAGGAAAUAUGUGCACAGGCCAUCAAGAACGACUGAGCUGAAAAAGAAACUCAAGGAAAAUGAAAACAAACCCCUCAGCAUAGCUGGACCAGGCACAGAAGGCUCCAGUGAGAAGAAAGUGAAAAAGAAGGCUAAAGACUCGAGCGACAGCAGCAGCGGCUCAGGCGGCUCCUCCAGUGACUCAUCGUCAGACAGCAGCGAUUCCUCCAGCUCCUCUUCAGAUGACAGCAGCAGUGACAGCGACGAUGACAGCUCUUCCUCCUCCUCCUCUUCUUCGUCCUCCUCAUCUUCGUCCUCAGACAGCUCAGACUCAGGAAGUAGCAGCGAUUCGGAUCAAGGACCUCCUAAGAAGAAGAAAAAGAAGAAAUAAACAUUGUGGAAUCAG